AUGAAUUUUAUCGAAAUACAAGAUAUAAUAGAUAUUUAUUUAUCAAGGCGAGGCAUUGAUCCGGCAAAAUAUCGGCCAAAAAUUCGAUUUAAUCCUGAUCAAAUUAUACUGACACCCAGAAAUCCGACCAUCCCGGGAUGCAUCAAAAUUAAAGCACUUGGUGUCGAAGUUACACGACCAGUAAAAAAUUUAAUUGCCGAAACUGAAAUGCGAAUUGGUGGUAUACCGGAUCCAGCUUAUCCGGCAUUGCCAUGUUCGGAAAAAAUUAAUAAUAAAAUUAAUCAAUGCCCAUGUGCAAGAUUAGAAAAUACUUGUGUUUUUUGCGAUUUCUGUAAACAAAUGCGAAAUCAAACGACACGUCAUGGUAUUUCACGAAUACGAAUGAUAUCGAAAACUAUCGAUAAUGACUGUCAAUGUGAGGUAUGUUGGCCAUUUUAUUUUGAUUUUUAA